AUGACACAGAACUUGGAUUUGACCAAUUUUCCAUUAUUCAAAAAGGCUCCAAAUUCCUUUUACAACAAGAUUAUUUCCCACUUGAAGCUUGUUACCUACCACCCGCAGUCGUAUAUCAUUAAGAAAGGGGACGACUCGAAGUCCAUGUACUGGAUCUUAAAAGGCACGGUAUUGAUUACCAGUUCCGACGGAGAGUCUAUUUACAGCGAAUUAUCGUCGGGCCAGUUUUUUGGGGAAAUUGGUAUUCUUUUCAACCGUCCCAGGACUGCAAAUGUCAUAGCCAGGACCAAGGUGCUUGUGGGGGUACUCACCUCGAAGGAUUUCAACAUCGUGUUGCGGUACUUUCCGCUCAUGGAAAGACGUAUAAGAGAUGAGGCCCAAGAACGGUUGGCAAUGUUGGAUAAAAAAACUAAACAACAACCUCUGCAACCGGUUAUACCGCCCUUGACACCAGCGGCUUCCUUGACAACCGCUUCCAACGAAAGCAUGCCCCACGACAAGGUGGAUGCUACUGUUUCCAUCAAUCUGUUUAUCAAAAAUCUACCUAUUUUUCAAAACCUCCCUUCCAAUAUCAUCCACAAGUUGUGUUUGGGAGUUGAGCCCUUGACCUUCAAGCCCUUUCAAUACAUUUUCUACGAGAACGAUAUGGGAUCCAACAUCUAUUUUAUUGUCAGCGGACAAGUUGAAGUGGUCAAGUUCAACAGUGAAAACAAUACUGAACAACCGAUUGCCAGAUUGAAUAACAGCAACUACUUUGGUGAGAUGUCGUUCUUAUCCUGGAUUUCCAAUAAACCUAACUUUAAGAGAUCUGCUUCUAUUCGGUCCAUCACCAAUGUCGAUUUGAUUGUCAUUCGGUCCAAUUUAUUGAAAGAUCUCUGUAUUGAAUACCCAUUUUUAAUCGACCAUAUGCGAUUCACCAGUGAAUUCAGAAACAACGAAAAUGAACAUUUGGGUAACUUCGAAGCCAGAGAAGACGAUGAGAAGGUUGACUUUAAGGGCUUCGAAUUCAAGUUUGAUUUCAAACCUUUCCAUUCCAGAAGUGUAAGUCCUAUUCCCCCUAGUGCAAUCGCUGACAAAGUGGACCGAAGUUCUGAUAAGAAAGAAAAAUCCAAACCAAAGGCCAUCAACCAUUCGCCAACACAAAUGUUGGUUCCUUUGAGUAUCAAGCCAAAGAGACCUAACCCAAGAAGAUCAAUUUCGUUGAAUUUGACCCCUUCAUUGAAUGCUACUCAAUCUCUCAAUCAGUUUCUGUCUGUGGAACCUGAAAUUGUGUACAUGCCUGUGAAUAAAAGGUUGAAGUUGAAUGAUUCUAAGUUGAGAAGAAGAUCGUCUAUUUUGUCCCAUAAUGGGGCUCUUACUGAUUCCAUUUUGCUUCGAAUCUUUGAGUUUUUGGAUCUUCCUACUCUUAUGAAGAUGAGAUUGAUUAACAGAAGAUGGAGACAGUUGUUGUAUCUUUCUCCCACCCUUUUCCAAACCCUCGAUCUAACCCCGUGGAACACAUCGGUAGAUGAUAAGUCGUUGAUGGAGAUUGUUAAGUUUGUUGGGUCUAGACCAAAGCUGAUCAAUAUCUCCAACUGUUUCCAUAUAACUGACGAAGGCUUCAGUUAUAUGGUGAACGAGAUUGGAAUUUCUGGAAAAAUCCGGUCUAUCAAAAUGUCUUCCAAUUGGGAAAUUGGUGCUAUGGCCAUUAUGGACUUGACAGUGCCAAGUGUUGGUAAGAAUCUCGAAGAAAUCGAUCUUUCCAACUGUCGAAAAGUUAGAGAUAAUGUUGUGGAAAGGUUGAUCGGAUGGACCGAAAAAGUCCCAAGCCAAACCCCGGAGGAAGUGCAUUAUGAUAACGACUUCGAUGAUUACGAAGGCAUCGGAUGCAAAAAAUUAACCAAGAUCAACUUGGGAUACUGUAAGCAUCUUACUGACAGAGUCAUGUACCAUAUUGGAGAGUACUGUAAUGAUAGAUUGACUGCACUUGACCUAACACGAUGCACAACCAUUACCGAUAAAGGGUUUGAAUAUUGGACAUAUAAAUAUUUCCCAAAGUUGACUACUUUAUCUUUGAAAGAUUGUACUUUUUUGACGGACAAAUCAAUUAUUUCAAUUGCUAAUUCUCUUCCUAACUUGGAGAACUUGAAUCUAAACUUUUGUUGCCUGUUAACAGAUAUCUCGAUCGAAGUGUUAUGCAUAGGGUGUCAGAACCUUAAAUCCUUGGACUUAAGCUUCUGUGGAAGUGCUGUUAGUGAUUCUUCAUUGUUGACGGUCUCCUUGAGUUUACACUCCCUUACCAGUUUGACACUUAAAGGGUGUAUCCGUGUUACCAGAGCCGGAAUAGAUUCCUUAUUGAGUUCCAACUCUUUAUUAUCUUACUUGAAUGUGAGCCAGUGUAAAAAUUCGAACGUUUAUCCUGGCUCCAUUCCAGCACAGAAGUUCAACGUCAAUCCCGAAACUAGGAGUGCUUUUGUGACUGCCGGAAACUCGAAUAAGAUCAUUGAAAUUGUAACGUGA